AAUUGUGAAGAAGAGCUCCCCAAAAAACCUGUCGGUCGACUGUCGGUCAACUGUCGGCCGACACAUUACCGACAGUUUACCGACAGGCUACCGACAGCUAACCGACAGGCUACCGACAGUUUCCCAAAGAAGAAAAUUGUUGAGAAAACACGCAUUAAACAUGACAUAGAAACGAUAAUAAUCUCGAUAGACAUCACUUACUUACCGAUCGAUCGGUUGUACUUGCGUUUGUGGCCAAACAUGGAUUCAUCGAUUUCUACAGUUUUUCCUCGGCCGCCCAGUCUAACGUUGCCGUGUAGAAUUUUCAGGGAGCAGAUGUCUCGGAGUCUCUGAAGUGCCGUGACAGCCGUACGAAGCGACAAACUGGUUAGUAGCGAUACUUUUUUGUUGGACUCAUCAAUUGACCACAAGAAGAUGAUGUACAGCCAUUGCGACAGCGGGAUUUUGGAAUCUUCGAAAAAAGAACCAGCUCUGAUUGAUCUUCGUUUUCUGCACUUGUUAACUGGACAUUCCCAGUGAUAACCAUCAUCAGAGUUAUUAUCUCGUAAAACCAUUCGGUUUCCACAAGAGCACCUACGCCUGGCAGCCAGCAAACCACGAUUCACAAGAAAGGUUAAAAUAGCAUGGCAACUUUGGAUCAAGGUAAGUAACUCGUGAUGAUUCAUGAUGAAAUGAGUUAAGACACACUUCUACUCAACCUAUUUAAUACCUAUGGUCGGAUCGAAAUUAGUCAAUCAGAUUUUACAAAAGUUUAUAAACCAAUCAAAUGUGAUGUGAAUAAUCUAAUUAAUUUGUUGUUAUUGUUGACUGGACCCAUUGCAUAAGCCAAUGAAAAUGUUGUUAUUGUUGAUUUGAUGCAUGGCAUAAGCCAAUGAAAUUGUGAUUUGAUCCACGGUAUAAGCCAAUGAAAAUGUUGUUAUUGUUGAUUGGAUCCGUGGCAGAACUUAAAAGCCUUGAAUUUGAAGCCUUGUGAUCACAGAUUUCGUUUUCAACUUCGAUCAUUCAUUAUGUCUCAAAGUACGUCUCAAAGAAUUCUUAAGUGUACUGUGUGUGGCGGCGACCACUCUAUUUUUCAUUGCGAGAAUAAGUGUGGCGUUUGCCAUGGCGAUAAUAGGCACUGUUCCUGUUCUGAACGCCCACAGCAGAAAAGAAAGAAGAGCGCAAAGUCAUCUGCCUCCGCUGAAACCUCGCACGACGACCUGAGGAAGAUGUAUGAGACACUUCAGAAGGACUUCAAAAGAGUCGGGCAGGCCUUCCAAAACCAAAAAGAACAGAACCAGGAGCUCACAGAACAGUUGGCGGAACGCGAGAAAGAGGCCGAAGAGUUAGCGAACCUUGUGAGAACCAGAGAUGAGGUCGUUAAAAACCUUGAGCGGCGCCUCGUGAAUGCCAAGAAGCUCAUCGCCGAACUGUGAGCGGAGAUGCAAGAAUUACAACGCAGAGGCCAACCCGCGCCACAAGAAGACCAGCCAAUGCAGCGACCUCAGCAGACUGACUCUCGCGUCAGCGCCCACAGCCUGGCCAGCAUACAUGACCGGUAUGACCAGGUUCUCCAGUGUAUGAGAGAAAACAAAUGCAGUAUGGCCUCUGCCUUCCGUCUUGCGAGCUGUCCUCGGAGCACACUCAGAGACUUCGUUGCCAUAGCCGAACUUAAGAAGGUGGACUCCAGAGAACUAGACCUCGUCCUCCGUGACCAAGUGGGUUCCGUGCGUGCUCUCGAGGUUGUCUGCCGAAAACGACUCCGGCGCUACAUCCCAGUGAUGAACAACAUGAGGAGGGAGGGGCAGCUGUUGCCAUUAAAGUUUGAUCCGCGCUUCUACGAGUGA